AUGAACCACUUGCUCCACCUCCCCUCGGGAAGGCCGAAUCGUGGCGACGAAGACCGAGCUUUCGAAGAAAAUGAAGGCUUCUUCUACCACCCUACUGUCCAACACAUGCAGCCGUUAGUCGCCAAGGCUUUCCGCAAACACGUCUACGACAAGUCCAAUAACUACCACAUCAAACCACCCAAAACUCACUACCGCAUCGCGCACCUCGUGCACCCUGGGCUCAAGCCAAUACUCGCACUUCGUCACAGGACACUGCGGAAGAAUUCUUUGAUCCCAACACACCUCCGGUGGCCAACCCCGCUGACGCAUGGCGAGCUGGACUUGUCCCGACUCACGAUCACUUCGCCUUCCACGUCGGUCUUGUUGACUGACUGGAUUAUCGACUCGGGUACCAUUGCCUCUUGCACGCCUCACAAGUCCUACUUCCGCCUGUCCAUGUUCCGCUCGUGCUCUAUGACCCUUACCAUUGGGGACGGUGGUCAACUUCCCAUUCUCGGUUACGACCCCGUGGACUUGACCGUUUUAUCGCGCAACAUCACCAAGGGUCCCGACCAUCAAUCCGAACCCCACUUCCUCUCCUUGCCAUUUGGCCUAUACUGUCCUAACGUCAAGUUCAACCUCCUCUCUGUGCGCCAUGCAGUCUCCUCCGGAUAUCAGGUAAAAUUCGACCACCCUGAGCACUGUCUGUUCAUCCUAGACAAAACCUACUACUUUCGUGCCGCUGUGAACAUCUUGGGGCUCUACUCCUUCUCGGCCACCGAAGUACCCUCUGGUUGCCCUCUCCCACCUCGUGACACUCUCACAACCCGGGCCAUGCUUGACGGUUUCAAAGCCUUCCUCGUGGCGAACCCAGUCAGUCCACCCCUACCAUCCCACCCACCGUCCUUACAUAGCACAGCCUUCACGGCGUCUGUUCAUUUCCCUUCUCACCACCAAGCCCUCAAUGCAUUCUGA